GUUGGUGACGUCGUCCAAACGUCCGAUGAGCCGGGAGAGAGACGCCAUUUUUAUUCAUUCCCAGAGAGAUCAGCAGGAGCUAAACUGAUACGAAUUGAUCGCCGUCGGCGCUCGUUCUACAUUCUCCUCAGAUCUGAUUCCGAACCCUAGAUUUUUCUGCGCCGGUAGAGAUCGAUAUUCGCCAGUUUCGGGUUUUGAUCUGUGUGCCAAAGCAGCCAUGGCGCAUCGAGGAUCAAAAUUACUGAUCUUGUUAUUAGGUUUGGCGUACUCGCUUAUAGUAAUUGCAUCUAAGAGUUAUUACGACAUUCUGCAAGUCCCUAAAGGUGCUUCCGAGGAUCAGAUCAAACGCGCGUAUCGCAAGUUGGCUCUGAAGUAUCAUCCCGACAAGAACCAAGGAAAUGAGGAGGCAAAUAAGAAAUUUGCGGAAAUAAACAAUGCUUAUGAAGUCUUGUCAGACAGUGAAAAGAAGAAUAUUUACGAUAGGUAUGGAGAGGAGGGCCUUAAACAGCAUGCUGCAAGUGGUGGAGGCAGAGGUGCCGGGAUGAACAUCCAAGACAUAUUUAGCUCUUUUUUUGGAGGAGGCGGUGCAGAGGAGGAAGAGAAAGUUGUUAAAGGUGAUGAUGUAAUUAUUGAGUUGGAUGCAUCACUCGAAGAUUUAUACAUGGGUGGCACAUUGAAGGUUUGGAGGGAGAAGAAUGUUCUAAAGCCAGCUCCUGGAAAGAGACGGUGUAACUGCCGCAAUGAGGUUUAUCACAGGCAAAUUGGCCCAGGGAUGUUCCAGCAGAUGACUGAGCAGGUCUGUGAUCAAUGCCCCAAUGUGAAGUUUGAAAGGGAAGGCUAUUAUGUUACUGUGGAUAUAGAAAAGGGAAUGCAAGAUGGGCAAGAAGUGGUCUUUUAUGAAGACGGCGAACCUAAAAUAGAUGGUGAAGCUGGAGACCUUAAGUUUCGCAUUCGAACAGCUCCUCAUGAUAAAUUCAAGAGACAAGGCGACGACCUUCACACUACUGUCACUAUCACUCUGGUUCAAGCUCUUGUCGGGUUUGAAAAGACGAUUAAACACCUUGAUGAUCAUCUUGUGGACAUUAGCUCAAAGGGGAUCACCAAGCCAAAAGAGGUCAAAAAGUACAAGGGAGAAGGCAUGCCACUUCAUUUUAGCAACAAGAAGGGUGAUCUGUAUGUCACUUUUGAGGUUCUCUUCCCCAAAUCAUUGACGCCGGACCAGAAGACUAAAAUUAAGGACAUUCUCGGUUAGGAGCAUGCCCACAUCAAUUCCUUUUUCUCCCCUUUCAUUUUUGUGUUUGUCGAAAGCCCCGCCUAAACGAAUCUCCUCCACCGUGGAAGAAAAAAAGCUGCAGCAUAAUUUGGUCCGAAUUCCAUUUCUACUAGUCAGAAGUCCAUCAAUUUUCAUGGCUCUCGUCAUUAUAUACAUUGUUUUACACUUUUUUGUUAGAACAAAUAUUAACUUGCCAGGAUAGAGACGGGUUUCUUGCCCGUGUAAGUGUUGCGACGUGAGGGUCCUUUGAUGCCUGCUACUACAUCUUGUACCAAAAGCAUAAUUGUUAUUUGUUCAUUAAUGUAGAAGAAUUGCUGGAGUUUGUAUAUUUCCAAUCCAUAAAAAAUAAUUAUACGG